CGUUAACCCUUGUCUCUCACUCAGCUGUCACUUUAGCCUUCGUCCCUUCAAAGCUCUUCGUUUUAGCUGCUAAUACUGCAUCGGCCUUGUCUGAAUCCGCAAUUCCUCGUCCUCUCUUUGGCACCUCAAUUAACUAUGGCAAGCAAUUACGAUUAUGAAGAUGCUCCGGCGGGGCACGAGGACCCUAGCCGGCAGGACCUCGGCUACGACCCGAACUUUGUACCCGACUCCGUGAAGUCGUUCUUGGUGCACCUCUACCGUCACAUUCGGGAGAAGAAUGUGUACGAGAUCCACCAGAUGUACGAGAAUUCUUUCCAGACUCUCUCCGACCGUCUCUUCAAGGAUACACCCUGGCCCUCCGUUGAAGCUGUUGCUCCCUACGUUGACAAUGACCACGUAUUCUGCCUCCUCUACCGCGAGAUGUGGUUCCGCCACCUUUACGCCCGCCUCUCCCCCACACCCAAGCAAAGGAUCGAUUCAUGGGACAAUUAUUGCAGCCUCUUUCAGGUGGUCCUGCAUGGGGUGGUGAACAUGCAAUUGCCAAACCAGUGGUUGUGGGACAUGGUGGAUGAGUUUCUUUACCAGUUUCAGAGUUUCUGUCAGUACAGGGCUAAAAUGAAGAACAAGACCGAGCAGGAAAUUGCCCUUCUUAGGCAGUAUGAUCAGGCAUGGAAUGUGUAUGGGGUGCUCAACUUCUUGCAAGCUCUUGUGGAGAAGUCAAAUAUCAUUCAGAUUUUGGAGCAGGAGAAGGAAGGCCUUGAGCAAUUCACUGCUACUGAUGGUUAUGAUUACAAUGGUGGGAGCAAUGUCUUGAAGGUGUUGGGAUAUUUCAGUAUGGUGGGUCUGCUGCGAGUUCAUUGUCUCUUGGGUGACUACCAAACUGGCCUGAAGUGCUUAUUUCCAAUUGACAUCAGCCAACAAGGUGUUUUCACCAGUGUUAUUGGGAGCCACAUUGCAACCAUCUAUCACUAUGGGUUUGCAAACCUUAUGUUGCGGAGGUAUGUGGAGGCUAUCCGUGAAUUCAAUAAGAUUCUCUUAUAUAUUUACAAGACAAAGCAAUAUCAUCAGAAAUCUCCACAGUAUGAGCAGAUACUGAAAAAGAAUGAGCAGAUGUAUGCCUUAUUAGCAAUUUGUCUUUCACUUUGUCCCCAAGUGAAGCUUGUUGAUGAGACAGUGAACUCUCAGUUACAGGAGAAGUACGGUGAAAAGAAGUACGGUGAAAAGAUGAGCAGGAUGCAAAGAUAUGAUGAUGAGGCAUUUGCAAUUUAUGAUGAGCUCUUCUCUUAUGCUUGCCCCAAGUUCAUUACCCCAUCAGCUCCAAGUUUUGAGGAGCCUUUUGUAAAUUACAACCAGGAUGCGUACAGACUUCAGUUGAAGCUAUUUCUUUAUGAAGUAAAGCAGCAGCAAUUGUUGUCAGGUGUCCGAACAUUUCUCAAAGUGUAUUCAACCAUAUCUCUUGGGAAGCUUGCAAGUUACAUGGAAGUCGAUGAGCCCACUUUGAGGACCAUCUUGUUGACAUACAAGCACAAGACUCAUGCUGUUGAUUCUGAUGGAAGGAUUAUCUCUAAUGCAGAUGUUGAUUUCUACAUCUAUGAUGAAAUGAUUCAUAUUGUUGAAUCAAAGCCAGUGAAGCAAUAUGGUGACUACUUCUUGUGGCAGAUUGUCAAGCUUGAGGGUGUGAUAAACGAUAUGGACCGCGUGAAGCUAGAAUAGAUUCUCUGUGUACCUUGCUUCUAGCUUAGUGCUCUGAUUUUUAUUUUAUUUUAUUUUGGCAUUUUUGUGCAAGAGCAAAUGUUGAGGCAGAUAUUUUACUUUAUUAAUUUGGCUAUUCUUUUGUAACGUUAUUUGCUAAGGAAACAAAGCAAUCUUCAGUUUAUGCAUCUCCCUGACAAAUUGAAAAUGUCGCGGAGCAAUAUUGUGAGUUAAAAAUUUUGCGGAAUUCGUGAAACAUUCAGUUCUCUGCAAAUUGUAUAUAAAGCGAAUGCUUGUGA